UGUUAUUUAUUUGUGUUCAUUAUGUUAAAGCUUUGCACUUUGCUGCCAUCUUGUGUGGAAAAUUUCUGUCUUCUUCUUUGGUGUAUUAGCGGUUUGUCCUAACUAGCAUUACGGUACAUUAGCGACACCUGGCGGGGAUGGCUUGUCUCGGCCUGCCUCGAUAUUUCGCAAAUGAUGCCAAAUUGUGCCUUAUUUUCUUGCUAGUUCCAGCGUACAAAUGUCUUUAAUUAUCUUUGUUGAAGCGAGUUUUGUUGAAAAAGUCGAAUCACGGUAUUUAUAGGCAGGCUUUACAAAACAGGUGAGCGGAUGCAAAUAGUUCCGGGGAGUUUCUAAUCGGAUUAGAAAACAAGACCAAGAUUUAAGCGUCUGCGAAGAGUCACGAUAAGGCGUAGAAAAAAGGGACAAAUCCUUUCCCAAUCCUUCGCUCUGCAAACUUCUUCUUUUCCCUUUCACGACUCAGUCAAAACAUGCCUCUUUUUUUCACCCGUAACCAAAUAUUUGCACAUCAGGUGCACGUGCUGGAGCACAAACUGAGAGGAAAAGAAGAGCGAAUAUUGGAAUUGGAGACCGAGAAUGCCAUUCUUCAUGUCAGGCUGGCUGAGAGUUUGGCAAAGGUGCGACAGGAGCAAGACGAGAAGGCCGAGAAGGCCGCCGACCGUCAGCGGGACCAAAAGAAGAUCAGCUGCUCGGCCAUCGCGGAACUGAUUUCCGACGUCCAGGCUCUAAAAAAGGGUCUCAGCGAGCUUUUUGCCAUCUACGUGAGUUACGCCACCGAGCUGGAGGAAAAGAGCAAAGAGCUGCGGGAGAACGUGGAACGGCGACGACGCUCGUCUCUGAAGAAAGGAGACGGCCAAAGUUCCGAGAACAAGAGCGAAGACGAGGCGGGCCCCGAGGCUCGCGCGAGAGCGAACUCCGACCUCCGGGCCCGCCUGACCUCCCUCGAGCGCUGCUUGCACGAGGAGCGGCGCCGGUGCGGGGCGGAGAGGCAGCGACGCAAAGAACUUCACAACACGCUGGUGGAGUUGCGAGGCAACAUCCGGGUCCACUGCAGGGUGCGGCCUCUUCUACCCUUCGACCGGGUCCAGUCCGCCACCUCCGGCUCGGGGCCUGCGCCGUCCGAGCGGGUGAUCCAUGCCGUCAGUGAUGACACCGUGAUGGUCAACUGCACCAAGGCAGGAGCGCCGGCGCAAAACAAGAUGUUUGAAUUUGAGAGGGUUCAUGGGCCGGAGGACUCCCAAGAAGCCGUGUUUGAGGAUGUCAAGCCCCUCCUCACGUCUUUGCUCGAUGGCUACAACGUUUGCAUCGUGGCGUACGGCCAGACGGGCAGCGGGAAGACUCACACCAUGAUGGGAUCCCCCGAGUCAGCCGAACACUCGGGGCCGCGGCAAGGCGUCGUCGUCAAGGCGGCGGCGGAAAUCUUCCGGCUGAUCUCCGAGAAGCCUCCGGCGAGCCACGCGGUGGAGAUGGCCGUGCUGGAGGUGUACAACAACGACACCGUGGACCUGCUGGCUGGAGAUGCCGGGCGGCGCCGGGAAAACCCGCCCGCGUCCGCCGCUUCCUGUCAGGUUUCCUCCCUCACGCACGAGCCCGUGCGCGACGUCUGCGAGGUGACGCAGAUCAUGAGCCGAGUGCUGCGGCUCAGAGCUCACCGGCCCACUCUGGUGCACGCCGACUCGUCGCGCUCCCACCUCGUCGUCACGUUCGCCGUCUGCUCCAAGGGCCCCGACGCGCACGCCCCGGUCCGCCGCCUGCAGAGCCCGCGGCGCGCCGUCCGAAAGCAGUUGUGGAGUCCCAAGUGCCGCCGCGCCAACCCCGCCGGAGCGAACUCGCCGGAAGACGACUUGGCCAGUCCCGCCUCCUCCCCGUCCCCGUCCUCCAGAUCGGGGAGCUCGACGUCGCCGUCGCCGUUCAGGACCACCUUGCAGCUGGUGGACCUGGCGGGCAGCGAGUGCGUCGACAUGACGGGCGUGUCCGGCGCAGCGCUGUGGGAGGUGUCGUGCAUCAACCGGAGUCUUUCGGCCCUGUCGGACGUCCUGAGCGCGCUGGCCGAGCGGAGGCCGCACGUCCCGUACAGGAACAGCAAGCUGACGCAGCUUUUGCGAGGCGCCAUCGGGGGCGACGCCAAGCUGCUGCUGAUGCUGUGCGUGUCCCCCACGCGUCGCUUCGUCGCGGAGUCCCUGCAGACGCUGGGAUUCGGCGCUCGGGCUCGCCAAGUCCACAGAGGUCCCGCCAGGAAGAAGAGCGGCGGACUCAAACUGAAGUGAACGACGACCAAAAGCAAUUUUAGUUCGAGGCAAAAGUUUUGGACGAGUCACAAGUUGGGUGCUCAAAACUCAAUACGUUGGAUUUAGUGUGCGGUUGCU